UUUAAUGGAUGAAUAAUUAAUUAACCAUUUGAAAGCCCAAUACAUUUGACAGCACCACGCAGCAUCGCCACUUACGGCUACGCAACCCCACCGUCCACCGUGACCCGCCACUGCUCUCCGGCGCCAUCUUCCGACUGUUGAGCUUCCCUCCGGCCACGCAACACCACCAUUUUUACAAAAAGAUGCCACCAAAGAUUGCACAGAUAAAACUUGUGAGUUCACACCCUCAAGUUUACGAACCUUGUGACGACUCAUACGCAUUGGUCGACGCAUUGCUGGCCGACAGAACAAAACUAAUAGAACAUAACCCAACAAUUUGUAUGGAAAUUGGAUGUGGUAGCGGAUAUGUCAUUACUAGUCUUGCUCUUAUACUCGGGUCUGAAUCAACGAAUGCACACUAUUUUGCAACUGAUAUUAAUCCUCAUGCUAUAAAGACGACUCGUGAGACGCUUGGUGCUCAUGGGGUUCAUGCAGAGUUGAUUACUACUAACAUUGCUUCAGGGCUUGAGAAAAGAUUGUCGGGUAUGGUGGAUUUGAUGGUGGUUAACCCGCCUUACGUGCCGACACCUGAGGAAGAAGUCGGUAGUCCUGGGAUUACAUCUUCUUGGGCUGGAGGUGAAAAUGGUAGAAGUGUUAUUGAUAAGAUUUUACCGGUUGCUGAUAAUUUGUUGUCGGAAAAAGGGUGGUUGUAUAUGCUAUUUCUUGCGGAAAAUGAUCCAUUACAGAUAUGUCUGCAAAUGAGAACCAAAGGUUUUGGUUCAAAGAUAGUUGUCCAGAGAACAACAGAAGAAGAAACUUUACAAGUAAUUAAAUUUUGGCGUGAUCCAGAUAUUCAGUUGGAAGGAAAUGAAGGGACCCCCAGUGGUAAAACGGCUUCCCAAAGGGGAUUGGAGUUUCUCUUUUCUCAGAUUUCUCGGUUGUCGUUCAAGGAGAGGCAAUAACAAUUUGUGUAUCCUUAAAAGGUGAAAUACAGUAACCUUUUUUUUUUCUGAUUUGUUGUUCAUGGUUUUAUACGUAUUGUUAGGUUCAUUAAAUGAAGCAUCUGGUUUUUUAAGAUUGUGGUGUCUCCUCUAUGAUGUUUGCUAAUGUGUUAUAAAAGCCAGUUACUUAUGGA